UGUUCGUUCGGUCAAAGCAGAGAGAGAGGGCUGCCAUUUGUCCGCCUAACAUCACGACACACAUGUCGCCACCACGACGACACACAACAUGAGAAUUACACCUAUUCACGUAUUGUUGGUCCUGGCGGCUGCCUCUGUCCCAGCCCUCUGUGGCUCAGAUGAACCCGAGGCCCCGGUGGAGACCCGCUCCCGCUUUGCCGCUCUGGACGAUGUGCGUCUCCUGGCAAACGGCCUCCUCCAGCUGGGUCAGAGCCUGCGGGAGUUUGUUCAGAAGACAAAAGGACAGAUAAACGACAUCCUCCAGAAGAUCAACAUCUUUGACCGCUCGUUUUACCAGCUCUCAGUGCUUGCCAAUGAAAUUAAAGAGGAAGAAGAGGAACUGAAGAAAACUACGGUGGUGCUGAAAGCCAACAACGAUGAGAUCAAGGGCCUGUCUGUUGAGAUCAACUCCAAAGUGGACAACAUCCUGCAGGAGAAGAGCCGGCUGCAGGACAAGGUGGAGGGACUGGAAGAGAGGCUGAGCAGCCUGUCGCACGGCCUGCUGACAGGAGAACAAGUGGCAGAGAUCAACGGCCUCAGGGAGGUGAUCCACAGCCAGGAGCGGAGCAUCACAGAGCUGCUGAAGGCUGUGAGGGAGCAGAGCCAUCAGCUCAACCACCAGAGGGUUCAGCUCAAGACUCUGGAGGAAAAGUUUACAGUCAACACAUUGGCCCAAGAGACCAUUGAGAGGAUGCCUGAAACCUACAACAAUGAAGCACCAACACUCACCCCUUAUUUGACCUCAAACUUUAACAACGGCAUGACGAACCUUCCAUUGGACUGCAGUGACCUGUUCAACGGAGGGGAACGAGUCAGUGGCCUCUAUGUCAUCAGACCCACCGGAGCAGAGCCCUUUAUGGCUUUUUGUGACAUGAGCAAAGAUCACGGAGCCACAGUCAUCCAGCGAAGAAACGACGGCUCAGUAAAUUUCGAUCAAAUCUGGGAGAAGUAUGAAAAUGGGUUUGGAGAUUUUCAAGGGGAGUUUUGGCUCGGUCUCAGAAAGAUCCACUCUCUGGCCGCUCAGGGAAACUCCGUCCUUCACAUCGAGCUGGAAGACUGGAAACAGGACAGGCGCUUCAUAGAAUACAGAUUUAAUCUUAAUGGUCCUGAGAGCAACUACACCAUUCACCUCACGCAUCUGUCUGGAGAGGUGCCGGACCCCAUGAGCAACCACUCUGGCAUGAUGUUCUCCACCAAGGACAGGGACAAUGACAACCUCCAGGGCUUCAACUGUGCCCAAGACUACACAGGUGGAUGGUGGUACAACGCUUGCGGAGAUACCAACCUAAAUGGGAGAUAUUUCCACAUGAGACCCAAGGGGCGCUCGGAUCGUAAGAGAGGGAUUCAAUGGAGGCUGGGCCGAAAGGCGUCUUACUCCCUCAAGUUCACCCAGAUCUCUGUACAUCCUGUGUCUCCUCCUAGCACCAUCUACACCACUUUGGCCUCCUCUGAAGCAGGGGUCUUUCAGUGAUCCACCACCUCCAUCAUUCAGUAAAUAAACAUUAACAGUGACAUCUCCAUGAGCUUUGGCAAUGCUUCAUGUGGCAGCCAUGGUUUAAGAAGGCUUGUGCAGAGAGGAAGAUGUUUUUCUCCAAGUGACAAGCAUGCUUAACUGAGGAAGCUGAACAAAUGUAUAACUGCCUGCUAGGAUCAUCUUUAUAAUACUCUUGCAUUGUGAAACCUCAAAGUUAGCAGUGACAAUUUAUCUUCACUCAAUGUAUCUCAGAGGACAAAGGUUAUUGAGAAGAAGUUAAAACAUACAGCCAUAUUUAAGCAGUUUUUAUAUUGGGUCACAUUGACUCUCAGUAUACAGGUUCCUAACAUACAGUAGUAGGGAGACGGACCCCUUAAAUGGAUCACAAGAUACAAUCUAAGGAGAGAAUUAGCAGGGUGAGAAAGACUGCUACAGAAUUGAUCUUACUAAAACUUCUUUAAGGGUUUUUUUGUCUUGUGAAAUACUGUACAGAUCAUAGAAAUAUGAGGAAACGCACAUGUAACUGUUUUCCCAGUUCAUUUGAGUAGAACAAAUGAUGGCGAUUGUUAGGAAGACUGGCUAGUUAGCUUUGCCUUCUCUGGAGGGAAAGGUAUUGAGGUGGAAGGAAUGUUAAACCUGAUGGACACAGGCCUGCUGUUCUGUUCAGCUCUUCUUCUGUAACAAACAUAACAUUAAAGCAUUGUUAAAUUACUAGCUAGCUAAUCAAUUAAAAGAACAAAGUUAUCACA